CCCAUGACAGUCCGCAUAUGACCUAUUCUACCAUUUCACCUCCAAUCCAUUGUUGCACCUUAUUGCGAGGUCAUCAUUACUACCUCGUAUUCAACAGCAAUGUAAAGUGUAAAUACGAUCUUUGAUGUAGCACAUAUACUACCUAAACCUAUUCCGUUUCGGCUGUGGUUGUUUGCUUUAGAAGCCUUAGGUGUAAUCAUAGUGGUAUCGCGCGUAUUACAGCGACACCACGUCUAACCCGCCAUGGACCGGCUUCGUACAUUAUUCCGAAAGACAGAGGACGAGCAGGAGUACCAACCUUUGAACGAUGAAUCACAAUCCCUCGAAGGGCCCCCUGAGCACACCGAAAGUAAUGGCAUCCCUUUCUCGUGGGUCGAGUAUAGCAUCUUCGGAUUGCUGGGUGUUGCGAUGCUAUGGGCUUGGAACAUGUUCCUCGCUGCAGCGCCCUACUUCCAGCUUCGCUUUCAGGACGAUGAUUGGAUUCUCGACAACUUCCAAUCGGCCAUUAUAUCGGUAUCGACACUAGGAAACUUGGGAUCGAUGGUCGUAUUAACCAAUAUCCAAUCCACGGCGUCAUACCCGUUCCGAAUCAAUCUAGCUCUUUACAUAAACGUCGUUAUAUUUGGGUUCUUAACUGCCUCAACUACGACAUUUCUCGAUACCUCGUCCUCGACGUACCUUGGAUUCGUAUUGGCAAUGGUAGCACUCACGGCAUGGGCGGCAGGACUGAUACAGAAUGGCGCAUUUGCGUUUGCUGCAAGCUUUGGGAGACCCGAAUACAUGCAAGCGAUCAUGGCCGGACAAGGCGUAGCAGGCGUGCUCCCCUCGCUUGUUCAAGUCAUUUCAGUCCUUGUCGCACCACCAGCAAAUACAACGUCCGGGACCAGAGAAGAAACUUCACCGGGAAAUGGGAAAGCAGCAUUUAUCUACUUCCUUACAGCGGUAAUCGUAUCUAUCGUAGCGCUCGUGGCUUUUAUACCGCUAGUUAACCGUCACAACCGUAUUGUCGAGAAUCGGAUGAUGGAGCACAUGGCCACGUCGGUGACGAGCAUCGAGUCUGCAGAACGUGCAGAACGUGCAGCGCGGAAAGUCGUCAGCAUGCCGAAGCUGUUCAAAAAGCUUCACUGGCUCGCGGGCGGUGUUUUCAUGUGCUUCGCCGUAGCCAUGUUCUUCCCGGUUUUCACACCUAAGAUUUUAUCUGUGACACCGCCAGACGAAGCGAGCCUAUUACUACAACCCGCUGCAUUUAUCCCACUCGGCUUCUUCUUCUGGAACCUUGGCGACCUUGGAGGGAGAGCCAGCUCGCUUUUCCUACCACUCCGAGAUCGGCCAGCCUUGUUAUUCGUAGUGAGCAUUGCGCGGUUGUUAUUCCUUCCACUUUAUGCUCUAUGCAACCUGCACGGUAAAGGGGCUGUUAUUAAUAGUGAUGUAUUUUACCUCCUAUUAGUGCAGUUCCCGUUCGGUUUCACCACCGGCUGGCUUGGAUCAAAUUGCAUGAUGGCGGCCGGUGAGUGGGUUGAGGAAGGAGAACGGGAGGCUUCUGGAGGGUUCAUGGGAUUGUCUCUUGUGGCUGGGUUGGCAUUUGGUAGUCUGCUGAGCUUCACUGCCGCCGGGAUAUGACGGUGGCUAAACAAGAAUGAUAACACCUCAAACGAUAUAGAGAAAGGAUCAUAUCAGGCGUUUUAUACAUGUUCGGGCAUGAUGUAUGGUGUAAUGGAUCUUACCUCAGUUAUUAGUGUUGCUAACAUCAUUAAUAUCAUGAAUGUUCUUAUUUGCUUACCAUGACAGCCAUGACAGCC